GGCGCCGUUCGCAUCGCGGAGCUGCGCGCAGAGCGGGUCCCGGCGCCCUCCCCGCACACAAAGGCCCGCGCGCGUCCGGCGCCUGGAGGGGGUCCCGGUGCCCUCCUGCCUGCUUGGCGGGCAGCGAGCUGCGACGAUUCAGAAGGCGCCCUCUCUCACUCUCUCUGCGUUCCGGGACAUGGAACCGCCCCGACGCGGCGCCCGCUUACCCGGGCCGCUGCCCGCUGUCCUGGAUCUAUAGUCAGGCGGCCCCUCUCGGGGAGCAGCACCCGCCACUCCACACCGACUCGUCGUCUCUCCGCUGCGGGCCUUUGUCCCAGCCCAGCGCCCUCGCCGCGCCCGCCCUCCGCGGCUGGCCCGGCACCCUGGAGCCGCACGGGAGCCGACUGUCCCAGCUGCGUCCGGCGCGGCGCCCCGGAGCCCCGAGUCCACCGAGCCGCCGCGCCCCGCGCGUUCGACCCCACCCCGCGCCCUGAGGGCUGCGCAGGGCAAGCGCACCUGGUCUCGGCGACCGCUGGAGCGGCGCGGCGCGUCUGUCCCGGAGGAUUGGGGGGUCGCGGCCCGCGGCCGGUCACAUCGCGUCCCGGAGUGCGCAGAACUGGGAGCGGCUUGGCGGUGGCCAUGGCCCGGUCCAGGAGAGACUCCGUGUGGAAGUACUGUUGGGGACUUUUGAUGGUUUUGUGCAGAACUGCGAUCUCCAGAUCGAUAGUUUUAGAGCCUAUCUACUGGAAUUCCUCGAACUCCAAAUUUCUACCUGGACAAGGCCUGGUACUAUACCCACAGAUAGGAGACAAAUUGGAUAUUAUUUGCCCCAAAGUGGACUCUAAAACUGUUGGCCAAUAUGAAUAUUAUAAAGUUUAUAUGGUUGAUAAAGACCAAGCAGACAGAUGCACUAUUAAGAAGGAAAAUACCCCCCUGCUCAACUGUGCCAGACCAGACCAAGAUGUGAAAUUCACCAUCAAGUUUCAAGAAUUCAGCCCUAACCUCUGGGGUCUGGAGUUUCAGAAGAACAAGGAUUACUACAUCAUAUCUACAUCAAAUGGGUCUUUGGAGGGCCUGGAUAACCAGGAGGGAGGGGUGUGCCAGACAAGAGCCAUGAAGAUCCUCAUGAAGGUUGGACAAGAUGCAAGUUCUGCUGGAUCGCCCAGGAAUAAUGAUCCAACGAGACGUCCGGAGCUGGAAGCCGGCACAAACGGGAGAAGUUCAACAACAAGCCCCUUUGUGAAACCAAACCCAGGUUCCAGCACCGACGGCAACAGCGCGGGGCAUUCCGGGAACAAUCUCCUGGGUUCCGAAGUGGCCUUAUUCGCAGGGAUCGCAUCAGGAUGCAUCAUCUUCAUCGUCAUCAUUAUCACUUUGGUGGUGCUGCUGCUCAAGUACCGCAGGAGGCACCGCAAACACUCCCCGCAGCACACCACCACGCUGUCUCUCAGCACGCUGGCCACGCCCAAGCGAGGCGGCAACAACAAUGGCUCGGAGCCCAGUGACGUUAUCAUACCGCUAAGGACUGCAGACAGCGUCUUCUGCCCGCACUACGAGAAGGUCAGCGGGGACUAUGGGCACCCGGUGUACAUCGUGCAAGAGAUGCCCCCACAGAGUCCUGCCAACAUUUACUACAAGGUCUGAGGCCUGAGACCUGCGCCUCCCGAGGGAACUCGCGCCUUGUUGUUGGGGCGCAGGGACCGCCUGAGCCUGGCCGCGGGGGGGCGGGGUGCCUCCUGGAAGAGCCUGGAGCUGGACAGUUUUGUAGUCUGUAGCUUUUCGACCUUGGGGACCACAGACCCUCCCCGGAAGCUGGAAGACUGCUAGGAGAUCCCCCACUUGGACUACCGCGUUGCCACGCGGACCUCCAAGCCAUGCACCUAGCCACUCAGGCCUCUGCAGAGCCCGGGGAGGACACGGUAGGCUACGGAUGGCGAUG